AUGAAGUUCACCAUCAAUUUUGGCGGUGAGGUUCUGGAUUUUCUAGACGUACAUGUUAUGGUGAAAGAUGGGGUGGUACACACCAGCGGCUAUCGGAAGCCGACGGCGACCAACUCGCUCCUCCACCAGACCAGCUUCCACCCACCGUCUGUCAAAUGCGCAGUCCCGUAUGGGCAGUUCGUCCGACUGCGCAGGAUUAAUGACACAGACGAGAGUUUCCAUCGACAGGCUGGAGAACUUAGGGCUAGGCUCAUUAAUAGGGGUUAUCCAUUGGGAGAGGGCUCAUCAGCCCUUCAAAAAGCGGCUCAGCUUGACCGUAACGUUUUGCUCAUGGAACAGGGCACCAAUGCCAAACCCUCACGCUUCGCCUUCUCUUUCCAAUAUAGCCCGGUCGCCGAAAUGGUCCGACAGAUUGUUUUCUUCUUGAUGUUUUCGUUGAUGUACAUGAUAACCCUAUCAGGAAACCUCCUGUUGAUAACUGUUGUUGCACUGAACCACAGACUUCAGACCCCCAUGUACUUUUUCUUGUGUAACCUCUCGAUGAUUGACAUGUGCUUUUCCUCAACAGUAGUCCCUAAAAUUUUAUUUAAUGCAAUAUCCAAGGACAGAAGUAUUUCCUUUGUGGGAUGUGCAACACAGAUAUAUUUUCAUUUGGCUCUGGGUGGCACUGAAUGUCUUCUGCUUGCCGUCAUGGCAUAUGACAGAUAUACUGCUAUCUGUAAUCCAUUACAUUACAGAGCAAUCAUGGACUGGAGGCUGUGCGUAGGUCUGGUCACUGGAUGUUGGAUUAUGAGUUUUUUAAUCUCAUUUAUUCUCACAUUUCUAACCUUUCAACUCCCCUUCUGUAAGUCCAACCUCAUUAGUCACUUUUUCUGUGAGAUGCCUUCACUAUUCCGACUUUCUUGCCAAGAUAUUUGGCUCAAUGAGUUAGCAGAGUACAUCUCCAUUGCUAUAGUUGUUCUUGGUUCUUUUUUGUUAAUUCUAUUAUCCUACCUUUGCAUUUUCAUAACUAUCUUAAAGAUCCGUACUAAUAAGGAGCGGCAAAAGGUGUUCUCGACAUGUGGUUCCCACAUACUAGUGGUAUCUCUCUACUUUGGUACCAUCAUGUUUAUGCAUCUACACCCUAGAUCUGCUUCUUCUGCAGAGCAGGACAGAGUGGUGACCAUCCUCUACACAGUUGUGACUCCAAUGUUAAAUCCCAUCAUCUACAGUGUUAGGAACAAGGAUAUUAAAGAAGCCAUUAGAAAAGCAGUGAGCAAUGAAGCACAGCUUUGA